AUGGCCACCAUCCGGUCAGAGACGGACUGCUACGACAUCAUCGAGGUGCUGGGCAAGGGCACCUUCGGGGAGGUGGCGAAGGGCUGGCGGCGCAGCACAGGUGAGAUGGUGGCCAUCAAGGUCCUGAAGAAUGACGCCUACCGCAGCCGCAUCAUCAAGAACGAGCUGAAGCUGCUGCACUGCAUGCGGGGCCUGGACCCCGAGGAGGCGCACGUCAUCCGCUUCCUGGAGUUCUUCCACGACGCCCUCAAGUUCUACCUGGUUUUCGAGCUGCUGGAGCAAAAUCUUUUCGAAUUCCAGAAGGAGAACAACUUCGCACCCCUCCCCGCCCGCCACAUCCGCACCGUCACGCUGCAGGUGCUCAGGGCGCUGGCCCGCCUCAAGGAGCUGGCCAUCAUCCACGCCGACCUCAAGCCUGAGAACAUCAUGCUGGUGGACCAGGCCCGCUGCCCCUUCAGGGUCAAGGUCAUUGACUUUGGCUCGGCUAGCAUUUUCAGCGAGGUGCGCUAUGUGAAGGAGCCGUACAUCCAGUCGCGCUUCUACAGGGCUCCCGAGAUUCUGCUGGGGCUGCCCUUCUGCGAGAAGGUGGAUGUGUGGUCACUGGGCUGUGUCAUGGCUGAACUGCACCUGGGCUGGCCGCUCUAUCCGGGUAACAAUGAGUACGACCAGGUGCGCUACAUCUGUGAGACCCAGGGCCUGCCCAAGCCCCACCUGUUGCACGCCGCCCGCAAGGCCCACCACUUCUUCAAGCGCAACCCCCACCCUGAGGCCACCAACCCCUGGCAGCUCAAGUCCUCGGCUGACUACCUGGCUGAGACCAAGGUACACCCACUGGAGCGCCGCAAGUACAUGCUCAAGUCACUGGACCAGAUUGAGACGGUGAAUGGCGGUGGGGCAGCUGGGCGGCUGACCUUCCCAGACCGGGAGGCCCUGGCGGAGCAUGCUGACCUCAAGAGCAUGGUGGAGUUGAUCAAGCGCAUGCUGACCUGGGAGUCGUAUGAACGCAUCAGCCCCAGCGCCGCCCUACGCCACCCCUUCGUGUCCAUGCAGCAGCUGCGCAGCGCCCACGAGACCACCCGCUACUACCAGCUGUCUCUGCGCAGCUGCCGCCUCUCCCUGCAGGUGGAGGGCAAGCCCCCCACACCCAUGGUGGCCACUUCAGAAGAUGGGCCCCCCUACUAUCGUCUGGUUGAGGAAGAGGAGGCAAUGGGCCUGGGCAGUGUGGCGGGCAGUGGGCCUUUCUGCCGUGAGGAGAAGGCACCGGGCAUGCAGAAGGCCAUUGACCAGCUGGACGACCUGAGUCUGCAGGAGGCAGGCUGUGGGCUGUGGGAUGAGACCCCCAACAUGCUGGCACCACUCAAGGCAGCCGUCGCUGGCCUCCGGGUGCCCGACUCGGGCCCUGAGCCCAUCCUGGCCUUCUAUGGCAGCCGCCUGGCUGGCCGCCACAAGGCCCGGAAGCCAACUGCAGGGUCCAAGUCUGACUCCCACUUCAGCAACCUCAUCAGGCUGAGCCAGGCCUCGCCCGAGGAUGACGGGCCCUGCUGGGGCAGUGGCUGCAGCUGGGCGGAAGGAGAGCACUGCGGCACCUCCGCCAAGCCUCCUACCAUCCCACAGCGGGAUGGGGAUGGGCCAGACAUCAAGGACAUGACCAUGGAUGCUGAGAAGCCUGGCCCCGAGCUCUUCGACCCCAGCAGCUGUUCUGGGGAAUGGCUGAGUGAGCCAGACUGGGCCCUAGAGGGCAUCAGGGGCCCACGGGCUCCGGGUCUUCGCUCCCGCCAUGCCCACCCACAUGGUCCGCUCCGGGCGGCCAGCUUUCUGCAGCAUGUUGGCGGGCAACAUUGAUGGCGACCCCACCUCUACCCAUCACUGGUGGCUGAGCUAGCUGGGCUGGCAUUCCCUCCUCAGAGCCACACCCUGAACCCACAGAUUUCUUACAGAAAGAUAGUUAUCCAGCAAUCCCCAUCCCUGCCCACAGUGCAAGCCUGCACAUGCACCUGGGCCACAGGAGGGCCUUGGCUUCUGGUCCGUGGCCACCUUGGUCAGAGGGACACAGAGAGGUGGCUGCACCCUGUUGGCCACAUUU